GAGUUUCCAGCUCGCCGGGUGAAACCCCUUACAGAAGAAGGAGUGUUUGUUUAUUUUUAUUUCGGUGUCGUCAGGUGUUCGUCAAAAAAAUCUGCUGCUGAGACUUCACAGACAAUAUGGAGUUUUUAAUAGGAAACCCUUUUGGUACACCUGUAGGUCAGCGAAUAGAAUAUGCCACAAGUUUGCAGUCUGAAGACUGGGGACUCAAUAUGGAGAUCUGCGACAUCAUCUGUGAGACAGAAGAUGGCCCUAAAGAUGCAAUGAGAGCAAUAAAAAAGAGGAUUGUGGGCAAUAGAAAUUUUAAAGAGGUCAUGCUGACAUUAACAGUUCUGGAGGCCUGUGUGAAAAACUGUGGCUACCGGUUCCAUCUCCUAGUGUCUUCCAGAGACUUUGUAGAAGGGGUUUUGGUCCGAACUAUUUUAGAUAGAAACGAACCUCCUUUCGUUGUUCGUGACAGAAUACUGAGUAUUAUACAGGCCUGGGCUGAUGCAUUCCGUAGCUCUCCAGAUUUGACCGGUGUAGUUUAUGUGUAUGAAGAUCUCAGGAGAAAAGGAGUUAAGUUUCCUGUGGCUGAGUUGUGCAGUCCAAUUCACACCCCUAGCAAGGUGAAAAAGUUGACGUCUGAACUGAAAACUGUUUACAGUAACCUUAAAGUGAUGUCAGAAAUAAUGAGUUGUCCGGAUGUCAGGAAUCCUGGGCGCAAUCAGCAGUCAAAUACAGAACUCCUGAAGCAGUUGUACUCCACAUGUAAAGAGAAGCAGGACCAAAUAGUUCAUCUCAUUCCCAGAGUAACUGACGAGAAACUGGUAGAGCAGAUGUUGGUUGCUAAUGAUGACAUGAACACAACCUUCACAGAAUAUCACAGUUUUGAGAAGCGUCUCAGCAGGCAGAAUUCUAAACAGUUGGCUGCCAACCUCAUUGACCUCGAAGCACCUUUUAAACCACAAUGCCAAUCACAACUGGAAACUCCUGUAUGUGAACCAAUCAGUCAAACAGUCAGCAGUCUGUCAAGUCACAUGUCACAUCUGAGCACAGAGGAUAAGGAAAUUAUUCAGAGACAUGAUUCACCAGAGAACCUUCAAGAUGGGGAGAGUGUAUUAGAUGAACUGGCAGCAGGAAGCAGUCAGGUACACAGUGCUGGAGGGGAUAAGAGCCUAGACUCCACCCUCCUUGGCUCCUCACCCCAGUUUUAUUGGAUGGUGGAAAAGGGAAUGAUUCCUGUCAAUCAGAGUGACAUGAUGGAGAAUAUUGAGCAGUGGCUUGAUGUAGAUGAUGUGGAUGAUGAUGAUGACUUGGAAGAUGGGGGUGUCACAAGUGAAGAGUUUGAUAAGUUUUUGGCAGGCAGAGCGAAAGCAGCCGAGCGUCUUCCCUCGGUGAAACCUUCAUCUAAUGAUCACAUGCCCUCACGACCAUAGUUCUUUACAGGAGCACAGUCAUCAACCCACCGUCAACAAUAUGUAGCAUAAACUUCAUUGGUUUGUGCCAUUAUGCUUUAUGUAAGGGGAUUUAUAUUGUAUUUAUAUGGUGCUGUAUCAUCUGUCCUUCUUGCACAUUUUUAAACUAUAGGGUCAUGUCGUUGUUAUAAUCUAGUUUAUAUUGUUUUGGGUUUUUUUCCUCACAUGGGUACUGUGUAGUGUCAUAACAUGAAUUUGAAAUGUUCCACUGACGGUUUAUUGGUUUGUAGAUUUCAACUGGCUAUUAGAGGUUAUCCCAUUACGGUUAUCUGGAACACAGAACAAACUAUUAUUUUAAUGUAUAAGUUAUAUGCAGUUCUCACAAACAAAAAGCAUUACAAAUACAAAGUUCACUCUGCUUCAUUCUUAAGUUUGGGUUAAUGUUGGUGGGUUUCCUCAGUUCUCAGAUAUCUUCCUACCUCCCAAAAACAUGCUGUACUGACUAUACUAAAUUGCCUCUAGGUGUGAAUAAGUGUAUGAAUGUGGUUCUCUGUGAUGUACUUGUGACUUAUUUAGGGUGCAAUCCUGCUCUCAUGUCCAGUGUUCCUGGGAUAAAACCAUUAGGAUGGAUGGAUGAAUGGGUGGGUGCAUGGAUGUAUGGAUGGAUUUGAAGGGAUGGAUGGGUGGGUGGGAGUAUGGGUGGAUGAAUUAUUGGAUGGAUGGAUGAGUGGGAGUAUGGAUGGAUGGAUGGAUGAGUGGGAGUAUGGAUGGGUGGAUGGAUGGGUGGUAGGAUUCUAUUACAAUGUCUGCCAACUCUAGUCAUUGUCAUCUGCAAGUGGAGCUCUAACGCACAUCCAGGCUCAGUAUAGGUGGUGCCAUAUCUGCCAAGGAGUGUUGUGUAACGGACUACAUGCUGAAUUAUAUCUGAUAUCUGAUUACAACAAAGGAUUCGUUUGAAAAUACACUUAAUUGAACGAGUUACUUUUUUAUGGAUUACUUGGUUACAUUUUUAAUCAGUAAUUUAUUGAGAAUGCCCUUAAACUGUCUUAUGUCUAUGUCACUAAUGUCAGAGAGUUGCCUAGUUAUCUGCUAGCUAUCUACUGCAAUAUUAAUUGAUUGUCUAUUUCAUCACAUUGCUUUCCUAUUUAUUUAACUUCCACCAUGCAUUUAGUAAUCUCAGCUAAUAACAGAAGGCGGUGUAACUUUUCUGUAGACAAAUGGCUAGGUUCAGGUUGCUCUAGUGUACCCUUGAGUACAAGAUUGUUUUGAGUUUUAAGCUGAUUCUUUUUAUAUAGAUUGGUGUAUAGGUGAAAUCAUUUAACAAAGCACAAAGUUCACAUUCUUCAUUUUCAAAACAGACACUGUGUUCAGGGAGUGUUACAUAUGAGACCUGUAAAGCUGCUUUGAGACAAUGUACCCCCCAGAAAGUUAACUAGCCAACUAGCUGGUCUGCAUGUUGCAUGUUUAUUUGUAGAUCCAAAAAUUAGUUCUGUAAGUGUAAUUAAUAUUAAAUCCAUAUUAAACAAAUAGUUAUUUUUCAAAAUUCUAAUGGUUUAAAAGGUACAUGUUCAAGAAGAACUUUUUAUUUUAUUUUAUUUUAUUUUAUUUUAUUUUAUUUUAUUAUGGCACAUGGAAAUGUAAAACAUUGUAGAAUGUUAAUAUACAAUGUAUAUAAUUAUAUGUAUGGGGGGUGAAUAAGCCAUGCUUUUAGAUGAAUUCUGUCAUUUUAUUUUCUUCUAAUGAAAGGAGUGUUAUUCUACAUUCUCAGUACUUAAGGUUAUAUUACCUAAAAUAUAAUGAGCGGGUAAACUAUAUGCAUGUUAUUAAUAGUUGCUAAUGUAUUUCUAAUUGCGCACAAGAAUAUGAAGCCAAUAAAUCGAUUAGAUUCAAGGCAGUCCAAAAUAAAUCCAAGAGUUCUCAGACUAUACUCCACUAACAUGAUUUGUCAGUAAUCUCCCCAAUACCGCUGUCAAUCCCCUUCAGUCAGGCACCUGGAAAAGUUAUUGAAGUUAAGGCAUUUUUAAAAGUUUCAUUAAUCAGUAAUUAUGGACUCCAUAUAGGUGAAAUGUAAUCAAGCAAAGUGGAGACGAAGAGUUCAACUGGGGCGAGUGGUUAUGUUUUGUGUUGUGAAAGUUUGAUAGUUUGUAUGGUUUGGAUUUGUACAAGGUUAUAAAAUAUUGUAUGUUAUAGUACAUUAAUAAAAUAUCUGAAAAUC